AAAUGUAUCAUGAAUUUUUUAACCGCAAAAAAAUAAAAAAUAACCGCAUUAUUUGUUAUUUUAAUAGCAAAUAAAAAAUAUCCGAAAGAAGACCGCGGAAUUGUGAGGGAGAGCAUUAUAAAAAAUUAUGAUCACACCGCUAUGUAAUAAUAGGCUUCUUUUUUUUCUAUUUUUCUUUCUCUAGGCAAUUUUUUUAAUCUCAGAAUCUUUACGCAGCUCCUCGUGAAAAUGUUUUGCUUGUACCGGAAGUUGAUUGAACUCUCUCACCGGAAAUAAAAGUUACAUGUAAUGAUAUGUAAUUCUGAACAUCGCAGUGGGACUGGAAAAGAGUCAUUGUAUCAAAGAUGGUGGAAUUAUUUGUUACUUUUUGGGCGGACUUUUUGUCAAAUUCUGGCUUAUUUAUGGGACGAAUCUAGCUCUUCAAAGUUUCAAAGUUGAUCCUGCUAUGUCUUCUGUUGACUCACAAAGAGAAAGUGAGAAAAAAAUUAUCAAGUUUCCAAUUUUUCCGACCGUCGGAGAAGCGACUGUUACGGACGAAGUUCCCUUACUUUGCGGAUUUUCUUUGAAUGACCCUGCAAAAGUCAGUCGGACGGGGUCUACUAGCUCCGAAAGCUCUAGGACAGAGAAACUGAGGAAUGCACUAAAGUUUAAGAAUCCCGGGCCAAUGUUAGAGGAGUUUAAUCCUGACACAAGUCGCCGUGAAAUGCGGAAGUUGAAAAGACUCGCGCAGAAGGACCCUGCCAAUCGAAAUAAAAGGAGACAAAGACAGAGAAGAAGACCGCAAAAACAAAUAUUUCACGACCGUUCGGGAGUUCGAAUGUCCGAUGGAAGAGAUGUGUGUGACUGUCAAGACACUAACUGUCCCGGUUGCCAUUUUCCUUGUCCAUCUUGUGGAUCGGAAAAGUGCGGUGUUGAAUGCCGUUGUGAUCGACAAUGGACUUAUUUGAAAGAUGUGGAAAUUGAGAAUCCCCUACCGAGUGUAUCUCGGAGAUUGGGAAAUCGAUAAAAUCCAAGACUAAGCCCAAGACAGGCUAAAAGCUUGGCUUUUAAUAUUGAAACCGAAACUGUUAAACUUAAAUAAGUUCAUGUAAUAAGUAUUAAAACCAGCAAAGGAAACAGGUGCAGAUUCAGAAAUGUCGAGGAAACAAAACAUACGAAUGUUUACACGCUACAAGUGAGAAAGAUCAUCCUCUUUUAUUUUUAAAUCAUUCCGGUAAAUGUGGCAUAAAUAGAGUGUAUUUAUAGAAUUUCGUCUCCAGUUUAGAAUGAAAAAAAUACAUUUAAUUUGUAGGGUAUAGCAAUAAUAGUUGUCUGUUCAUGAAAAUAUGUUAGAAAAUAUCUUAUAGCUGAACUCCACUAUGCCAAACUCUCAUGGGAUAUGAAAAAGUAUGAGAUGGCAGCGGUUUAAGAAAGCCAAUAUAAGUUCAUCGCCAAAAAAAAUUAAGUAUCCAAGGGAAAAUAAUAUAAUUAUUUAAGUUUAAAAUAGCAGGAAGUUCACAAUGAACCAAGUUUUAUCAAACAAGAUUCAACUGUAUAUUUUCAGGUCUUAAGAAGAGUUGUGAAAUUAUGUUAUCUUGAUACUUAACAAUAAUUUUGAAUAUAAGUUUGGUUAAACCAGUAAAAUGUGGUUUAUUGUUGUGUCAAGAACAUAAUAUGCACAUAAUUAUUAUAUUUUCCAAGGGUCUUUCUUGUUAAUUUUAUUACCACCAACAAGAGAAGAGAAACCCCUGAAAUGAAGCUGUUUAGUUAGUUGGCACCUAGUGGCACCCUAGUGGUUUAAUUGGAACCUAGACAGCUGAGUAGUUUUAGAAAAUUGCAGAACAUUAUGCGUCUAACAAUGCUUUAUCAGGGGGGGACCAGGCAUAGAUGGAGAGCCUUUUCUUUUGCCGCACCAAAAUUAUGGAACUUGAUACCACAUUAUUAAGAAAGGGAAUACUCAGUCUGUUGAAAGUUUCAAAAAUAAACUGAAGAACAACUUUUUAAGAAGUUUUUGCUUUAUUUCAUAGAUAGCCAAAAGACUGUCACUAAAGAUUGAAAAAAAUGUUAGAAAGUGCAGCUUAGCAUUGAUAGGUGCAGUUUAUGCCUGGUCCAUAUCUGGCCCUGUCUCGCUCACCUCUUGGAAGAGGGUCCCUCAAGGGCACAGUAUUGCUUGACAGAGAGAGGGCCAGAACUGAAUUAUUUUCCCCUACUUGUCUAAGAAAUUUACCAAUAAAACCAUGUAAUGGAUAUUUAAGCACUAAAGCACUUUUUCAUGUUAUAUAGCCUCAUCAAAACAUGAGGGGAGUUCAGAGAAUUUGAGACAGUUAUACUAUGUAAUAACUUUCGAGGAUUCUCC